GCCCCCCCGUUGCCAGGCAACGAGCGAGCGUACUGCGCAGGCUCGAAAUGCGGCUGUUUACGACCAGCCGCUUUACGGCUCCGGUGUACUUGGAGGGCAGUGAGGGCGCCCCGUCUCGUAUCAUUGAAAAUUUGGAUGAAAAAGCCUUUUAUGGAACAUGGCAAAUCCUCUAAGAAGUGAAGUAAUAAAGCUGUACAAAAAUCUGCUGUACCUUGGCAAAGAAUACCCAAAAGGAGCAGAUUACUUCAGGGAUCAUCUUAAGAAGACUUUCAUGAAAAACAAAGAUGUUACAGAUCCUGAGAAAAUCAAGGAACUAAUAGCAAGGGGGCAGUUUGUGAUAAAGGAACUUGAAGCUUUGUAUUAUCUUAGGAAAUACAGAGCAAUGAAACAACGCUAUGAAGAGAAUACUGACUGACUUUAUAACACUACUGUUGACUUCCAGAAUGUACUGUUGCCACAGCUUUGUGAUUCUAUGAUCAACGGGCAUAUUACCUGUAAUUCACAGAUGCACUUGAAUCUACUAAUCACUUAUGGUGUACUUAAGAGCCAAGUAGUGUAGAACUUCAUGAUUCAACUAACAUCCUUGAAAUGGAAGAAUUACAUCUGCUGAGUCGCCAGCCAGAUCAAUAAGCUUUCUGUUGUUAAGGGGUCUGCUGUGUGUGGAACCCAGCAAAUUAUUGUAACAAAUUGUUACAAUUUGAAAAUUUAAGCACUGUUUUAAAAUUAAUGGGUCUUAUUGCUGAUAGAUUGCAACUUAUUUUGAAUUCUAUUGAUAUCUAAAAGGAUAAACCACUUUAAAGGUACAAUUACUAAUAGAACAAUAUUGAAAUUUGCUAAAAUCACAAGAUACACAGCUGCUGCAAGUGUUGUCAGUAAAAUGUAGCAAUCGGUGGCAACACUUAAAACAGUUUACUGCAUUUAAAAUGCAGCGGGUAAACAAAUUUUCAUUAAACAUUAACGAUUAA